CGCGUGGACGGCGAGGGUGCAGAAUGCCGGAAGAAAACCUCAGGGCUUUCUUUUGCGCAAGCGCAAGCGGGCUUCCCCCACAAGUCACCUCGGUUCGGAAGUGGUGGUGGAAGGGCACCCUCUGCGCAUGCGCCCGGCUGUGCUGCCCUCGUGUUAGUUCGCUACGGAGCGGUGUGGAGAGUGAGCCACAGGCCUGGACCUCAGGGAACCGAGCCCACGCAGAAGGGCCAAAAUACUGGCUGCCUGGUUCAGGACCGGAACAUCUAGCCAGCCUACAGACUUGGAGCUUCAGAGUCAUGACUACAAAGGAGUCAGGAGGUGCCAAAGCAGAGUCGGCUCUCUCAUCAGCCAAUCUGAGCAAGCGUGUGUCUGAAAAACCAAACUAUGCUCUGAAAUUUACUCUGGUGGGACAUACGGAAGCAGUAUCAUCAGUUAAGUUUAGUCCUAAUGGAGAAUGGCUGGCAAGUUCUUCUGCUGAUAAAGUAAUUAUAAUUUGGGGAGCCUAUGAUGGAAAAAAUGAGAAAACACUUAAAGGACACAAUCUGGAAAUAUCAGAUGUUGCCUGGUCAUCAGAUUCCGGUCGUCUUGUUUCUGCCUCAGAUGAUAAAACUCUAAAGAUUUGGGAUGUGAGAUCUGGAAAAUGUUUGAAAACGCUUACGGGGCACAGUGAUUAUGUUUUUUGCUGUAAUUUCAAUCCACCAUCUAACCUCAUCAUUUCAGGAUCUUUUGAUGAGAGCAUGAAAAUAUGGGAGGAGAAAACAGGAAAGUGCCUUAAGACUUUGUCUGCUCAUUCUGACCCAGUUUCUGCUGUUCACUUUAAUUGUAGCGGGUCCUUGAUAGUGUCAGGUAGCUAUGAUGGUGUCUGUCGAAUCUGGGAUGCUGCAUCAGGUCAGUGUUUAAAAACACUUGUUGAUGAUGAUAACCCUCCUGUCUCUUUUGUAAAAUUUUCUCCAAAUGGUAAAUAUAUUCUCAUUGCAACUUUGGACAAUACCCUUAAACUAUGGGAUUAUAGCAGAGGCAGAUGCCUGAAGACAUAUACUGGUCACAAGAAUGAGAAAUACUGCAUAUUUGCCAGUUUUUCAGUUACUGGUGGAAAGUGGAUUGUGUCUGGUUCAGAGGAUAACCAGGUUUAUAUUUGGAACCUUCAGACUAAAGAGAUUGUACAGAAAUUACAAGGCCAUACAGAUGUCGUAAUCUCAGCAGCUUGUCAUCCUACAGAAAACAUCAUUGCAUCAGCAGCAUUAGGAAAUGACAAAACAGUUAAAUUGUGGAUGAGUAAUUACUAAACCCUUUAGAAAUCAAGUAGUAGAGUCAGAUUGGCCAAAAAAAAAAAAAAGGUUAGGUAUUUUAAAAGAUGGUUUCCUCUCAAUUUUGGCAUGGUUUUGUAUUUUUUAAAAAACAUUGCCUUGAAUUACAAGAUUUUAAGACCUAUAACCUCAAUUUGCAAAGCAACACAGUUGGAAAAGCAAGUCUAGAUCCCAGGGCUUCUGACUUUAAUCUUAAGGUCUGUUAUUAAUCUCUCGUGUCUGUCCUUGAGCAGAUUCUCAUUCUGUUCCUCUCAGUGACUAUUCUACAGGAUCACUGUAUUUGACAAAAAUUUAGAAGUAAGGCUCACAAGACAGGAUGACUGAUUAAAUGAGGGGAGCAAGGGAGUCUGGAAUAACUCCAAGGUAUUUGGUUUGGGUGAUUAGGUGAAUUAAGAGAAUAAGCCUAGGAUGGUGGUGGAUUGGAGAUUUAUGUCAGAUGCCACUCAUACACUUUAAGUGAUAGCCUACACGAUGGGACGUGAAAUGGUCCAUGGAAUCAAGUUUGUAAAUUGGGAAAAAUAAGCAAUGGUUGUGUUUGUUCUGAGGAUUUAAAAGUUUUAAGUUUUUAUCAAAAUAAAAAUUAAAAAUAAACCAGAACAAAA